AAUCAAAUUGUCUGGGCAAAAUUAGAGGCUUAUUCAUAGCAGCUGCGGGUGGUUUUAUUCUAGCAAUACGCACACUUAAUGUGUACUUAAAACUUGGCAUUAACCAUAAUUCCAUAUCCAAAUAUUGACAUGCCUGUCGUCACUUGACUGCUCAAAGUUUUUGAACAAAUAAAGAAAUUUCUCUGCUUUAGCAUUAAUCUUUUAUACAAGAAAUUUUACACAAUGUAGCGUUUGUUAAUUUGAAAUAUUAGAUGAAAUAGGUGUAAAUGCAUCUGAGAACUUUUUAAAUCGAAAGAAAACUAUCAAUGUUAAAGCCUUAACGUUUAGUUCUUGGCGAGAUCUUCAAUGGAGCAUAUCGUGCAACCAGCAAUUGCCCUAAUAACGUUAGCUGCUGUGGCCAGUGGUACAAUGAUCUAUCCAAAGAUUGCACCCUCGCCGAUUACAUUCCUCUGCGCCAUUGGCAUUCCCGUCGAGGAUUUGCCAUUUGAGUCUGUUGUCUCUGGCUAUGCACUCCGGAUGCAAUACUUUCUGCCCAACAAUGCGACAGAGAAAACACGCGUCUAUCUAAAGCCACAGCCCAUAACGGAUAGAAAAAGUAUUACAGAUGAGUUAAGCUUGGGCUCAGUUUAUCGCUGGAUAUUCUAUCGUGGCAUUGAGAUGAUUUUACAGAGCAUGCAUUUGCCUGGACACAGCUGCCUGCUGCGUCUGAUCUGCGAGCACGCGGCGCUGCCUUUGAGUCAUGAAAGCGGCUUGCUGGCUGAGCUGCUGCAUAUUCUCUUAACGCCUUCGAGCUCGAAGGAUCUGCUCGAAAGGCGCAAGGAUCGCACCUAUUUAUUAGCGGAGCGUUUUGGUAGGCGUGGCGGCAACUGCGCGUCUGCUUUUGGCAGGACAUGUAAAAGGUCGACUCUAGACUUGAUAACUGUUUUAGUAUAAGGACAGCCAAAUUUAAUUGAUCAGUAUAAAAGUGUUUAACUAUAUAAAAAUGAAGGUAUUAAAACUGGAAAUUUACAUAUUA